CUGCAUGUAAAUACCGUGGACCGCAGUCGAACCGUCUGGUUAGAUAUAUUGAUAUAUACAUUGAUAUAUAUUAUAAUAUGCAUUGAUAUAUAUAUUUAUAUAUAUAUCUGUAGUUCCUCGGUCUCAUCACCACGGCGGACUGCGGCGUCGCUUUCCGAGCGACACAAUUUUUUUUAUCAAACUUUGCGUUUCGAAAGCCCGUAUAUACAGCGAUUGGAUCCCGGUUCGUCCACGGCGGUGGCAUCUGGUCCCCGACGGUCGCAGGUAGGCUCAACUUGGUGUUUUCAACAAAAUGUCCAAAAUUGAGACGGAAGAGAUGAUCGAGAUUGAGAUCGAUGGGCAGGAUAAACAUGGAUGCCUGGAGGAAGGGAUGGAGGAGCACACCAUCACUGCUGCAGACCUCAUCCAGCAAGACAUCGACAUCAACGAGCCCAUCGGUAACCUGAAGAAGCUCCUGGAGCCUCGGAUCCAGGUGUCUCUGGACCAGUAUGAGAUCUGCCUGCAGGACAUCCAGCUCCAUCCUGAUCACAGUCUGUUUGACCAAGGAGUGAAGACCGAUGGAACAGUACAGCUCAGCCUGCAGAUCAUCACACGACCAGGCGAGGAGAAGCUGAACAUCCUGGAGAUCGUGAAGCCGGUGGAGACGGUGGAGGUGGUGAUCGACCCGGACGCGGCCGGGGAGGACGGCUCGCUGGGGGAGGAGGGCCAGCUGAUCGCCGUGGAGCGCUCGGCGCUGUCCGACGACACCUCGGAGCAGGUCACCCGCUGGGCGGCCGCGCUGGAGGGGUACCGCAAGGAGCAGGUCCGCCUGGGCAUCCCCUACGAUCCCGUGCUGUGGUCGGCGGACCAGGUCAUCCACUGGGCCGUGUGGGUGAUGAAGGAGUUCAACAUUGAUGAGAUGGAGAUCGGGGCGAUCCACAUCCCGGGGCGGGAGCUGUGCUCCUUCUCCCACGAGGACUUCCUCCAGAAGGUUCCGAGCGGAGAGAUCCUCUGGAGCCACCUGGAGCUGCUGCGCAAAUAUGUGCUGGCCAGUCAGGACCAGGCAGGACAGGACGCCACCGUGACCAUCGACCAGCCCGUGCAGAUCAUCCCGUCGGCCGUCAACACGUCCAGCACCAUCAAGGUCCUGAAGCAGAGCCGCGGGCCCCGGACCCCCCGCAUCUCCGGGGGCGAGGAGCGCAGCUCGCCCGGCAACCGCACCGGGAACAACGGGCAGAUCCAGCUGUGGCAGUUCCUCCUGGAGCUGCUGACUGAUAAGGACGCCCGCGACUGCAUCUGCUGGGUGGGCGAGGAGGGGGAGUUCAAGCUGAACCAGCCCGAGCUGGUGGCCCAGAAGUGGGGGCUGCGCAAGAACAAGCCCACCAUGAACUACGAGAAGCUCAGCCGAGCCCUCAGGUAUUACUACGACGGGGACAUGAUCAGCAAGGUGCAGGGGAAGCGCUUCGUCUACAAGUUUGUGUGCGACCUGCGGACGCUGAUCGGCUACAGCGCGGCGGAGCUCAACGGCCUGGUCACCGAGUGCGAGCAGAAGAAGCUGGCCCGCCUGCAGCUGCACGGCCUGGGGCAGCCCGUCACCACCGUGACGCUGGCCACCUCCAUCGAGAAGGACAGCUGAGGGCGGGGCCCGGCGCCGGGGGCGGACAGUUCCUUGGUGAUGACUUGUGGGCGCCGGGCCCCGCCCCCUCGGGGUCAGGGGGAGGGGCCGGCGGCCUGACCGGGGUCGGAGGUCAGAGGUCCCCAUCACACGCCUUCGCUCUGCGCUCGGACCCGGCCGGGUGUUCGGAGAUGUUCAUGUUCAUUAUUUUUAUAAAUCUAUGAAGGGCAGAAGCAUGGAAUGAGUGGUGACCCAUCAUGGUGGUUCAUGGGCUGUCAGGGAGACUGAAUGUUGCUUCAUGAUUAGUUCUCGUCUAGCUGUUGUUUCUACUGUAUAUACUGGUACUCUAUGUUUUUGAUAGCCGCGACGGCAAGUGUAUUUUCAUAUGUUCCCAUUUAUAUAGCGGAUUGGUUUUUGUAUUUUAUUUAGUCUGUUCCCUGAUUGCUGGACCCUUUUUUUGUCCACUAGGGGGAAUAAAGUGGCAAGCAUUUUUCUUAA